ACUUGUCCGAUGCAGACGCCAGUCGCAAUCGGGUUCUCUGCACGGUCGCUAACGCUUUUUGGUUCGAGCAGGUGAAAAGCAGCGCGUCGCGACGACGGAUUUCCUCUGUCCUGAUACAGCAGAAAGAAGAAAAGAACCAACCAAAAAUUGUCGUCGUCGCUUUAACAGUGGAUGCUAUGAUCUGACCGCACAACUUGUUCUGUUCGUAUUUUUUUUGUGAUUCGCGAGUGUGACAAUUCAGGACUUCUUCGGCCUACUUGAUUGUGGAGAAAUCACGUUCCUAUCGAUUUUCUUUAGCUAAUAAAUACAUGCCGCAUAUUGCUGCCGAAGAGAGUGUAUGUGUACCGUGCGAAAAAUUAUGAUGAUUGUAUAAACAACAUUUUUUAGAAAUAAAUAUCAACAACACAUAUCGACAAGCGUAGAGAAAUAUCAAUUACAAAAUUACGACAAAGUUAGCGGAGGCUGUGACAGCAAGCAAAUCAAAAAGAGGAAGAAGAGAGCGAGUGAUCUGUGUGCUUAAGUUUAUCUGUGUGUUUGCCCGCAAAUAACGUGCCCAAUGCCUUUAUCCGCUGGUGUUGAAUUACGCUGAAGGUGGUGCUAAAUGUCAAUCGAGUAGGCCGCGCCAUCCCCGACAGUAAACAACUGCUGCAGUCCACGAUUCCACUGAAACAGAUGUGACUGUCGUCGUUUUGCGGAGUGGAUUUUGGGCAGCGUCCAGAUAAAAGUACAAGUACAAGAAAUCAAAUUGCACAUAUCAUCAGCUGAUCAGUAGACACGAAGCCUCGCGCAAUCUGGAAGAUGCAACAGUGUUAGCUCAUAUCAGCGCAAUCGUGGAGAAAGAGUCGAGCAAGAGUUCAAUCCAUCACGAACGACAGAAUGAUCUUCUCCACGUGAAGCAGGUCGCAAGUUUUUGGGAAGACCACAACCAAGUUGGAUGUCGUUCUAGAAGUGAUCGCGGUGUAGAGCAGUAGCAGUGUACAUUUAGGCGAAAAGUAGGAUUACAUUAAGAUACACAGAAAAUUCAACAAGAUGGGACUGAUAGGCAGGCGGAGAUCGUCCUUCCUCAAGAUCAUCGCUCUGUUGGGGGUGAUAUGGUUCAUGGUUGUGUUCGUUAUGUACUCGGAUGAUGGAAGUGGAAGCAGUAGUCGAUCCGGGGCACUGUCAGGAUCCGAUGGAAGCGCGGGAAGUGCAUACGAAGCUCCACAGCGGUUACCUCUGCAGGGGAUACGUGACAAGUUCAACCAGUUUAUCAUUAACGCCCGGGAGGAUGCCAAUAGGGAUGAGCUGAGUCAGAAUAAGGCGGUGGUCGAUUAUGUGGAUAAUAAUGUUGAUCAGGACGGAGCUGUCCCGGUACGAGUAGUGGAGAAGGAAACGCAACGAAAAGUGCCACCGAAGAGUAAGAAGCGAAAUGAUAAUGCAGACUUCGAAGGAGUCAUCGCUCCCCCCAACGAGGAUAGCCCGGACUCGCCCGGUGCGAUGGGUAAACCUGUGGUUCUCCCGAAAGACAUGUCACCGGAGAUGAAGAAAGCGGUGGACGACGGCUGGUCAAAGAAUGCGUUCAACCAAUACGCUGCCGAUCUGAUCUCGAUCCGUCGCAGCCUGCCCGAUCCGCGGGACGCUUGGUGCAAAGAGCCAGGGCGCUAUAUGACCGAUCUACCCGCGACUUCCGUUAUCAUCUGCUUCCACAACGAGGCCUGGUCCGUGCUGCUGAGGACGGUGCAUUCCGUGCUGGAUCGCUCGCCAGAUCAUCUGGUCAAGGAGGUGGUUCUGGUGGAUGACUUUUCCGAUAUGCCCCACACCCAAAAACAGCUGGAAGAUUACUUCGAAGCGUAUCCAAAGGUGAAGAUUGUGAGAGCUCCCAAACGUGAGGGAUUGAUUCGGGCCCGAUUACUGGGUGCUCGGUAUGCCACCGCUCCAGUGCUGACGUAUUUGGAUUCCCAUUGCGAAUGUACCACCGGAUGGUUGGAGCCUCUGUUGGACCGAAUUGCAAGAAACUCCACAACGGUUGUCUGUCCAGUGAUUGACGUGAUCGAUGAUAACACAAUGGAAUAUCACUACCGUGAUUCGGGUGGUGUUAAUGUUGGAGGGUUUGACUGGAAUCUGCAGUUCAACUGGCACGCCGUGCCGGAGAAGGAAAAGAAACGUCACAAGAGCACUGCUGAACCCGUGUGGUCGCCAACGAUGGCGGGUGGUUUGUUUUCCAUCGAUAAGGAGUUCUUUGAACGCCUCGGAACGUACGAUUCCGGAUUCGACAUCUGGGGUGGGGAGAAUUUGGAGCUUUCCUUCAAAACAUGGAUGUGUGGUGGAACGCUGGAAAUCGUCCCUUGCUCCCACGUUGGUCACAUAUUCCGGAAACGAUCUCCGUAUAAGUGGCGAACGGGUGUGAAUGUCAUCAAGCGGAACUCCGUUCGACUGGCAGAGGUCUGGCUGGAUGAAUACGCCAAGUAUUACUAUCAACGAAUCGGCAAUGACAAGGGUGACUACGGGGACGUAACAUCACGGAAACAGCUCCGUGAAGAGCUUGGUUGCAAAUCUUUCCGGUGGUAUUUGGACAACAUUUUCCCCGAGUUGUUCAUUCCGGGAGAAGCAGUCGCUUCUGGAGAGGUAAGGAACAUGGGAUAUGGCAAUCGUACCUGUCUGGAUGCUCCCGGAGGCAAAAAGAACCUUAAGAAGGCUGCAGGGCUCUAUCCCUGCCACAAUCAAGGCGGAAACCAAUACUGGAUGCUGAGUAAAACGGGUGAAAUCCGCCGUGAUGAGGCCUGUCUGGAUUAUGCCGGCCAGGAUGUGAUACUGUAUCCGUGCCACGGCUCCAAGGGUAACCAGUUCUGGAACUACUCGCCAAGCUCGCGUCUACUGAGACACGGUUCCUCGGACAAAUGUCUGGCCAUCAAUGAGAGCAAGCAGAAGCUGAUAAUGGCGGACUGCGAUGCGGCAGUCGAGGCGCAAAAGUGGAUAUUCCAAAACUACGAUCCUAGCAAGUUGUGAGAUGUCACAACGGCACGCGCGACGGAAAGCAGUAGGCUGGUUUAAUUAUUUUAGUAACAGAAGAGUUUAUUCUCCUCGAGUUGAAACGCCGAAAUGCGUUAAUUCCAAUCGUAUAACUAGUUGAAUGAUUUUAAUGUGAUUUUUUACGGUAAAUUAUUGUUUUGAUAAGACCGACACGUCUCGGAGUUCGAGGCAAGUACCAAAAACUGUUUUCCAUUGCAUUUCACUCCCGGAGCGGUGGUUCACCGGGAACUCCUUAGCGCUCAAAAGCAACAAGAUGUAAACUGCCAUAUCUUUCCGGCUAUAUAAGCCAAAAGUGGAUCACAAUUCUCCUGCAAUCCCUCAGUUGUUUCCUCUUUGUUUGCCCGUGCCCCUGAACUGAACACGAUAGAUUUCAUGAUUUCAUGAACCGCAAGGCAGACUAUGGGCUUCUCGUUCCUACUUCUGCGCUUGGUUCUUUUCCUCAUCUAUCAAGAAUCAUUCGUGUGCCGAAGUGAACAAAUAGGUGAACGAACAAACCCACAAAUAAAAUCGAUUGCUCAAACAAGUAGAACCUUCGCUAUUUCCAAAUCAACAAACUACGUACAUUCCAACAGCACAGAACCAACAUCACAUAAGUGAAAUCAACAAAACAAUCGAACCAGAAUUAAAGCAUACAACUAUAAUAAGAACAGUAACAGCCGCUGGAAGCGAAACUGUGAGUGGUUCAAAAACAUAUCAAGAAACGACAUUCAGAGAAAGAAAGUUUGCCAUACAAGAACUUAUCCUUCUGCGUUUCCAUUAGUUUUUACUCUACAAUUUGUACUAAGGUUAUCACACACAAACAAAACGAAACAUCAUCAUCAACAACAAGAAGAUAAAAAAACAAAUCUACAUAUCUAUCAGAGAGAUAAUCUUCCCGUUAUUAUUAGUUUUACGAAACAAAUCUACUACGAAAGACUAUGAAAACUGUUUACUUAUACUAAUUUCUAGAAUUACUAUACUGUCAAAUAGGAAAAAGUGACGCCGUGGUUUUCAUUUCCACAUUGUCCGGAGGGGGAGAGCGCAUUUUCUCGUUUGUGAUGACGAUAGCGGAAUGAGAACAGUAAACCCAUAAUCAAUGUGAACAUUUUUUGUUUAUUAAAAAGGAUGCCCGAGAGAAUGAAUGAAUUUUGAAUUGCGUGUGAUCGACCCGAUUCCGAAUGAGUGAGCGUAUUUCUACAUGUGCCUUGUAAAUUAUUAUCACAAAUAAUUCAGUACGAUUAGACAGAAGCGAGAGAGAAUAAAAAAAAAAUGGAUAGCGACUAAUGUGAGGCAAAAGGAAGAAAACCACAAUACACACAUACGUUAUUUUAACGAAAAUGAGAGAAAAAAGUCGGAAAAAUAGUAAAUAGUAAUGCGUUGUUCUUACUGUGGUUAUAUUAUUAUGAUUAUACAAGCUAAGAUGAAAUCAAUUAACUGACAUUUCUGGCAUAGUCUUAUUAUACCUUUGAUAAGAAACGAGAUUGGUGGUGUAAAUACAACAUAUCUCCAAACAAGGAAAACUCUCAACUUUGUGAAACUUUCCGCUGCAAUAAUAAGAAUAUAUAUGAGAAGAAACACGUUAGACGAUAAUGAUACAAAUGUAGAAUAAACAUUAUAAAAUAUGAAAAA